AUGAUGCAGCAGUUUAUGUCGGCUAAAAUCUUCUCGCUUGGAUCCGUGCUCACCCUCUCGGCCGUGGCCAGCGCUGCUUUGGCUGCACCUCAGGGCGCUGCUCGUCUACGUCGCGAUGUCUCCGAGCUGGUGGAUGCCGCAGCCAUGGAAUAUGUGCCACCGGCAACGGAGUAUUUGCCCGCUGAUGCCACCGAGGAGCCGAGUGCUGUGCGUGGCGACGAAGGCUACGAGUAUCGCACGGUGCGACGCCUCAAGCUGCGUCAUCGCAACCGUCGCGAUGUUUCCCAUUUGCCUGGUCAGCAGUAUUUGCCGCCUCCUAGCAACAGGUAUCUGCCACCUGCCGUGGUGCCAACACCAGCUGCACCUGCUGCAGCUGAUGACACCGAGGAGGUUGUCUCCGCUGUGCAGCCCAAGGUGGCCAACGAGUAUCUGCCUCCAGCUGUAGAGGAGCAGCCAGCCAGCACUGAGGCGCCCGUUGAGGAAACGGAAGCUCCAGCUCCGGCACAGCCCUUGGUUGAGGAUCAAAUCGUGGUCGAUGUGCCCACAGCUGAGCUACGUGACGAUGGCUAUCAUUAUAAGCAGCCCAUGGAGAUGCCCGCUGAGCUGAAGGAGGCCGCCAAGGAGUACUUGCCGCCGCUCGACGAUGCCGUUGUUGUCGAAGGCCCUGCCGAUGGCGAGAGCUCUGUGCUUACCAAGGAUGGCUAUCAAUAUCGCGCCAUUCGUCGUUACAGAUUUUAG